GUGCGUUUGAUCGAAGAUUCUUAGAAUCGGACUGCGGUUUUGCUUGUCCAUCUUCGUGCUGUGCUCGCGUUGCUCUCGUGUGAAGGGUGGAGGCUGGACGCUGUGAACGUGGCUGGUGGAGCUAACCAAUAAUUGACAGACUCGCAGCAUGGCUUGGCGACAGAGCAACCUGGAUGGAAAAGUCAAGAGCGCGACGAAUGGAACACUCUAUCUGGGUGGGAGGCAGAUUGACGCCGAUGAAGUUCAAGCGAUUGCCGAAGCACUCCAAGUGAACCAGACGCUGAAGGAGCUCAGUUUGUACCACAAUCAGAUUGGCGAUGUUGGAGCACUGGCGAUUGCUCAAGCGCUCAGUGUCAACAAGAAGCUGACGACGCUCAAUCUGGGUGACAACCAGAUUGGGUCCGCUGGUGCACAAGCACUCAGUCAAGCCAUUUCCACGCUGGCUCGUCUCUACCUGCACGAGAAUCAGAUUGACAACGAUGGCGCCUUGGCGAUUGCAAAUGCACUCAAAGUGAGCAACUCCUUGACGUUCCUCAACCUGCACCAAAAUCAGAUUGGCAAUGCUGGAGCGCAAGCCCUUGCCGAGGCACUCAGCGUGAACAAGGCGUUAACUGACAUACACCUGAGUGGGAAUCAGAUUGGCGACGAUGGAGCGCGCGCCAUCGGCGAAGCACUCAAAGUGAACAAGGCGCUGGCUGUGCUUGGUCUGGGUUCGAAUCAGAUUGGCGACGCAGGCGCGCAGGCGAUUGGCGAAGCAAACCCAAAGCUGAUUGUUCUCUCCCUGCGCCAGAAUAAGAUUGGCGAUGCUGGCGCACACGCACUUGGUCGAGCCCUUCAAGCGAGCAAGACACUCACCGGGCUAAUUUUGGAAGAGAAUUUUAUCGGUGUUGCCGGUGCACUCGCGCUUGCUGAGGCAAUCAAAGUGACCAAGACGCUGACUCGCCUUGUACUAAUCUCCAAUCCCGUUGGCGACGUGGGUGCUCAAGCAAUCGAUGAGGCGCGCAAAGUCAACAAAUCUCUGACUGUUCUUUUGUAGAUUGUGUGAAUUGCCAAUAGUCGUCCUCAUCAGAACGUUUUUGUUUUUGUUUAUCAAAAGGUCCAAAGUUCAUGUACAUGCAGAAACAAACAAAAUUUCAAUCGACUCA